CCUGUAGAGUAUCAAUAUGGCAUUUGUCUUGUCAUAAAUCAGAAAAAUCACUCAUUUUAUUUUCAUUUCAUUCAAUUUCUAAAAUUACAAAAUUCUAGUGUUUCAAGCAAAAUGAGAGAAAUCGUUCAUAUUCAAGUUGGUCAAGCUGGCAACAAUAUUGGAAAUAAGUUUUGGGAGGUGAUAUCUGACGAACACGGUAUAGACCCUACAGGACAUUGGCAUGGAGACACUGACCUCCAAUUGGAGAGGAUCAACGUUUACUAUAAUGAAGCAUCUGGUGGUAGAUUCGUACCAAGGGCUGUACUAGUGGAUCUGGAAGAGAGUACUAUGGAUUCUGUACGCUCCGGCCCUUUUGGAAGGUUGUUUAGUCCUGACAGUUUCGUGUUCGGUAGGGGAGGUGCGAGUAACAAUUUCGCCAAAGGGAUGUAUACAGAGGGUGCCGAAUUGGCCGACACCGUGUUGGACAUCAUUAGAAAAGAAGCAGAAGGAUGCGAUUUACUGCAGGGUUUCCAGAUGGUGCACUCCAUAGGUGGAGGUACGGGCUCAGGAAUGGGUUGCCUGCUGUUGGAUAAAAUCAGAGAAGAAUAUCCUGACAGGAUUAUCAGUACUUUCACCAUCAUUCCCAGUCCCAAAGUAUCCGAUACAGUGGUAGAACCUUAUAAUGCUACUAUGUCCAUCACUCAUUUGGUGGAAAACUCCGAUGAAACUUAUAUAAUAGGCAAGAAUGAAAUUUUCACGCUUUUUUUAUUAGUUAUAUAUUAUUCAUUGCCCCAGCUCGAUGUUCUGUGUCGAAGUCAAAUUCUUGCAAUCUUUCGAUCCAUCUAGCUACCUGCCCUUCAGGAUUCCUAAACUGCAACAGCCAU